GACACGAGGAGGGGGCUGCACCCACCUGCCACACACAUUUCCCUGCUGCCAGGUGAGCUGGCUGCCAGCAGCUUCGAGCAUUUUGGAGAAACUGAGAAGGAGAAAUCCCAGCUGGGUGUGUGAAAAAAAAAAAACAACCAAAAAACAAAAAAUCAACUCCGAGCUCCUGCACGGGUCCAACCGGAGCGACGUGCCCGGGAGAGGCGGCACCGUGCCAGGCCAGGGGCUGGGCUGGCACCAGGGGCUCCCGAGGGAGCAGUUUGACCUUCAGGGAGCAGGAAAAGCUCCGGGCUGAGCCUGGCAGAGAGGAGGGCACAGCACAAACCCCUCCGGAGCAGGGGUGAGCCCCGUGGCCGCCAGCCCCGCGUGUCACCAUGGCGUCCCGCAUCGGGCUGCGGAUGGAGCUGAUGAAGCAGCAGGCGCAGCAGGAAGCCGAGCGCGAGCGGGUGCAGCAGCAGAUGAUGAUGAGCUACAUGCAGCAGCAGCGCAUGCCCGCGGCCUCCAGCCCCGCCAUCAACACCCCCGUCCACUUCCAGUCCCCACCUCCCGUGCCCGGAGAGGUCCUCAAGGUCCAGUCCUACCUGGAGAACCCCACCACCUACCACCUGCAGAAGUCUCGGGACAAGAAGGUGCAGGCUUACCUGUCGGAAACCUACGGGAACAAGUUCGCUGCCCACGUCAGCCCCGCCAGCCACUCUCCCAAGCCGCCCCCGGCCGCGUCCCCCGGCGUCCGGCCCGGCCACGUCCUGUCCUCCUCGGCGGGCAACAGCGCUCCCAACAGCCCCAUGGCCAUGCUCAACAUCGGCUCCAACCCCGAGCGCGAGUUUGAUGAGGUCAUCGAUGACAUCAUGCGCCUGGAUGAUGUUUUGGGCUACAUGAACCCUGAAGUCCACAUGCCCAACACGCUGCCCAUGUCCAGCAGUCACAUGAAUGUCUACAGCGGGGACCCGCAGGUGACAGCGUCACUCGUUGGUGUCACCAGCAGCUCCUGCCCCGCCGACCUCACCCAGAAGAGAGAGCUCACAGAUGCUGAGAGCCGAGCCCUGGCCAAAGAGCGCCAGAAGAAAGACAAUCACAACCUGAUCGAGAGGCGGCGAAGGUUCAACAUCAACGACCGCAUCAAGGAGCUGGGAAUGCUGAUCCCCAAAGCCAACGACCUGGACGUGCGCUGGAACAAAGGGACGAUCCUGAAGGCGUCCGUGGACUACAUCAAGAGGAUGCAGAAGGACCUGCAGAGGUCUCGGGACCUGGAGAACCACUCGAGGCGCCUGGAGAUGGCCAACAAGCAGCUGCUGCUCCGCAUCCAGGAGCUGGAGAUGCAGGCACGCGUCCACGGGCUGCCCACCUCCUCUCCCUCGGGCGUCAACGUGGCCGAGCUGGCUCAGCAGGUGGUCAAGCAAGAAGCCAGCGGGGACGAGGGGACCCUGGAGCCGCUGCUGCCACCCCCAGACCCCGAGUCGCAGGCGCAGCCGGCGCUGCCCGCGCCGCCCCAGUCUCCCUUCCACCAGCUGGACUUUACCCACAGCCUGAGCUUCGACGACAGCUCCUUCCCGGACAGCCUGGAGCCCGGGCACGGCGCUUCCUUCCCUUCCCUCUCCAAGAAGGAGCUGGACUUGAUGCUGAUGCAGGACACGAUGCUGCCCCUGGCCGCUGACCCCUUGUUCUCAGCCAUGUCCCCCGAGGCCUCCAAGGCCAGCAGUCGCCGCAGCAGCUUCAGCAUGGAGGACGCGGACAUGCUGUGAUGGGCAGCUGCCAGGGCGGGGAUUGCAGCACCAGCUUUGGGUGGGCAAGUCCCAGGACGCUGCUGGCAGGAGGAGCCCAUCCCACCAUGCACUUGAACCUUCCCAGGAGUACCUUUGUCUAUGCAACGGGGCUCGGGUCGGGUGCCGCCGUGUCCUUCUCAGCUUCUUUCUGCCAGGAGGAGGAUGGACCUGCCUGGCUUUGCCCUGGCCCCGGCCUGGCUGCAGAUGCAGGGACCUGGGAGUGCCAUCUGGGCUGCUUUGCCUUUCAGCUGAAGCCUCCUGGCCUCACCCCCUUGCCCAGGGUGGUGCCCGGGAGCCUCGAGCCCCCGGGACGAUGGCGCGAGCUUUGUGUCCUGUUCGGUGUCUCCUCGCCUUGCUCUGGGAUCCUUCAUCCCCACCGAGUCCUCCCCAGCCCCUGGAUGCUUCCCAGUCCAUCCAGUUCCUCCUUCCCGGGAGCACCUGCUGCCCCUGGGGUCACAGCAGGGUGACAAGGUGUUAAUUAGAGUGUGUUCAUUAAUACGGCACCACCGGGGGUGCUGUCUGCAGGUGGGUGUGGAAGGUUCCAGAACACCUGGAAUGGGGGGUUUGAUGCUCCACCCACCCCCUGUUGUCACCCCCAAAACCUCGAGGCAAGGCUGCCAGGUGACCCUGAGUGUCCUGGAGGUGUCCCCGCAGUGGCUGUGCCCCGUGGCACCCCCAGCUCUUCCCUGGGAGGAUAAAAGGGUUUCCCACUCUUUUUUUUGGGGGAUGCUUCCCAAAAGUGCAGCCCCACGUGGGCCCGAAGCUCCAGGCUGUGACAGGGAAUGGUUUGUGCCAAACCUGAGCUGCUGCUCCCAGCUGGGGAUCCGGGGGUUGGUUCUGUUCCCAGUGUCACCAGUUUGUGCCACAGCUCUGUACUGGGAGCUGCUUUGGGUCCCGACUUCCCAAUCCAGCUGAGAAGAGCAGGGCAAGGCUGGAAAAUCCUCCAGGGUUUGUGGAGGGAGAGGAGGGAAAUGGAGAGGAGAGGAGACCCCUUGGGGACCGUCCCCCCUGGGCUGUGGGGUCACUCUGUGCCCCUGUCCUGGAGCUGGGUGUCCUGGGGGGACACAGCUGGCAGGAUUUGGGGACAGAGGGGCCUGUGGUGGCAGGAUUGGGGGACAGCCCCACAGAGGUGGCAGGAUUUGGGGGAUAGCCCCACAGACAGGCCCGUGGUAGCAGGAUUUGGGCACAGAGGGGCCCAUGGUAGCAGGAUUUGGGAACAGGGGUGGCCUGUGGUGACAGGAUUUGGGAACAGCCCCACAGGUGGCCCAUGGUGACAGGAUUUGGGGACAGAGGGGCCCGUGGUGGCAGGAUUGGGGGA